AUGAAACUCAUCUACCAAUUCUUUGCCAUCCUCUGGUUUUGUUUACCUUUCUCCGUAAUCUCCGAUGAUAACUACAAAAAUCUCAUCUUCAAAGGUUGCGCAAACCAGAAAUUCCCGGACCCAACUGGUGUUUUCUCUCAGAAUCUCAAAACCCUUUUCACUUCCUUAGUCUCUCAAUCCGCACAGAGCUCUUUCGCGUCCACAACCUCCGGAACUGAUAACACCACCGCCGUGAUCGGCGUUUUCCAGUGCCGCGGCGAUCUACCCAACGCUCAGUGCUACGACUGCGUCGCCAAAAUCCCCAAACUCGUCUCUAAGCUCUGCGGCGGCGACGGAGACGGCGGAAAUGUUGUGGUGGCGGCGCGUGUGCAGCUCGCCGGAUGUUAUCUCCGGUACGAAGUCUCGGGUUUUGAGCAGACUUCCGGUACCGAGAUGCUUUACCGUAUCUGCGGGAAAAAACACUCCGGCGAUUCUGGAUUCUCCGGGAAGAGGGACUCGGCGUUUGAGAUGGCGGAGAACGGCGUGAAAACCGGAGGAAACGGCGUCGUCGGCGGCGGAGGAGGAUUUUACGCGGGGCAGUAUGAGUCGGUGUAUGCGUUGGGACAGUGCGAGGGUAGUUUGGGAAAUUCAGAUUGUGGCGAAUGUGUGAAAGAUGGGUUUGAGAGAGCAAAGAGUGAGUGUGGUGAUUCCAUCUCUGGACAGAUUUAUCUUCACAAGUGCUUCGUUAGCUACAGUUACUACUCUCGUGGCGUUCCCAACAUUUCUUCACUUUCAGAUGGAGAGAAGAGACAGCACACGCAAAGAACGAUAGCUUUGGCAGUGGGAGGUGUUGCAGUUUUAGGGUUUGUGAUUGUUUGUUUGUUGGUUUUGAAAUCUGCGAUGAAGAAGAAGAGUAAAUAUGAUGCUUAUUGA